CAGUUUAAUUCACAAAAAGCAAAUCUAGAAACCCAACAUUAUUAUCAAUUGACAAAGAGAUAAUGUUGGAUGUAACAGGAGCUCAUUUUUACAGAGGGGAUUUAAAAUAGAAAUAAACUUAGUUAUAUAUUCCAGAAUAUUUCAAUUUACACCAAGUAGAUGUUGUAUUGUCUGAUCUUUCGCCUGAAUUUAGAGGAGAUUUAGAUCAAGACCAUUUAUAGUUAAUAGAUUUAAAUUAAUUAACAUUAGAUUUAUGUAAGAAAAACCUUAAAAUAGGAGGAACUAUAAUAAUGAAAACUUUAAAUGGAAGUCUAGAAAAAGAUUUCUAUAGACUAUUUAAAGUUUAUUUUUAAGAAUUUUUAAGGGUUAAGCCAAGAGCUACUUCAUAAUAUUCUAGUGAAUUGUAUUAUUUAGGAAAAGGAUAUGGACUUUCAAAAGAAUACGAAUAAAUAAAAAAUUUAGAAGAUAAAUAAAUUAGAGGAAUAUGUAUAAAUGAAAUAAAUGAAGAUGAUAUUCCUGAUCUUGGAUUCAGUGAUUAAGAAUUAUUAGAAAAAGCAAAAUCCUUUAUAUUAAAUAUGUAUGAUGAAGGAUAAUAAUUAUCAGAAUAAGAAAUAUUGGAAUUUAAAAAAUAUCCAUUAAAUAUAGAUUGGGAUUUAUUAAAACCUUAGUCAAGUGAAUAAAUAGAUAAAAGAAAAUCUAAAUAUGACGAAACAAAACUUUAUAAUGUAAAAAUAAAAAAUACUUAUAUUCAUAUUUUUAGGAUUAUUUAAAAUAUUAUGGAAAUAAUUUAACAUUUACAAAAGAAAAACCUUUAACAUUUCAAAAAUUUUUAUAAGAUUUUAUUAGUUAAAAGUCAAUAUAUGUUGAUGAAUAAUUAAAAUCAACUUCGACACCUGAAGAUAUUGAAAAGUUUAUAAUUAGAACAUCUAUGGCAUAUAAUGAAAAAGAAUCAGAAGAUCCUAUUCAUUAAAAAGAUCUUUUUUUGGAAGAAGAAAAUGAUUAUAAUCCUUUUCAUGAUGAAGAUGAAAAAGCAAAAUUAAAUUAAAAAGUUAAAUAGUUUUAUGAUAAUUAUUAAAAAGAUUCUUAAGAAUUUGAUCCUUUGUCCCCUGAAAACUAAUAUUCUCCAGAUGAACAACCUACUUCAUUGGACGAUGUAAAAUAUAAAUCAAUACACGCUGUGGAAAUUCAAUUUAAAAAUGAAAAAGAAAAAAACAAUAAAAAUGUAAGAGAAGAUUUAGAAGAAUAAAUUCAAGAAGGAGAACUAGAUCUUGAUGAUUUAAAUGAUGACGAAAAAUAAAUUCUUGUUGAUGAAAUCGAAAAUAAUUAAUCUGACGACGAAUUUUUAGAUUCUUUUACUAGAGAUGAUAUUUAAUUAACUUCUAAAAAAUAAAAAAAUAUUGAAUCUGAUCAUUUAAAAGCAGAGGAUUUAGAAAGAGAAUUUUUUAGAAAAAGAAGAUGA